CUGUUGACGAAACAGUUUCAAUACGGUCUGCUCUAGAACCUAUGGCUGAUUGGUUUAGUUGCGCGAAAACAAAGGAACCGAAGGCUUACAACUUGUAAGCGUGUCCAGCACUGUGCUCAUUCGAUAGACUGCAAAGCGUCCGACACAAAGUUACGGCAGUGGAUGAGAUGUUUUAUCCGGCACAGUUUGGUGUGUUCACCACUUAAGUAACAGCAACCGAUAAAUGGAUAUUCUGGAGAGAUACUUUUCUCGACAGUUCUGAUUUUCUACCUGUGAUAUACCGACAACCGUUAAGGACAGACAGAAUUUCUGAAGCGACAAGUUCCAAAAGAGAUAUUCUCGAAUAUCAAAACCACCAAGACAAAAAAUCCAGUGAAACUAUGGAAAUGGAGGAAUUAAAGGCAAUUCGAGAGAAAAGAGAGAACUGCAUGAAAGAAGUAAAAGACGCGUGGAAAUCAGAAACAGGUGAAGCUACGCGUGUUAUCAAAGACUUCAGUGGGUACACCACCCUACACGGGUUUCAUUUUGUCCUUGACUCUGCCUCCCGAAUACGAAGGAUUAUUUGGAUCACAUUGAUUUCCCUCGGCAUAUGCGCACUCUUCUUCCAGUUUCGAGACAACUGGCGUAAAUUACAGAGCUAUGAAAGCGUCAUUGGCAAAGAUAUUGAUCAUGCCGAGAAGCUGUUGUUCCCUGCAAUUACUAUUUGCAACCAGAAUAUGAUGCGCAAAAGUAAAAUUUGGGGAACAGACGCGCAAACAUUUCUAGACCAACAAGAUCAAGUGAAGUUGCAUAUCUUUGGAAAUAAACUAUUGGAACAAGAGACGAGCCCUGACUUCGAUCCUGGGGAGAGUGUGAUGAAAAACGGUCACAACCUGUCUGAGAUGAUGAAAGACUGUAAAUGGAAAAAUCAGCCAUGCGCUCCUGCUAACUUCUCCUCGUUUAUUUCUUUCAUGCGUGGGGUGUGCUACACGUUUAACUCUGAUCGGCGUGGUCACCAAAAGCUUUAUGUGACAACAUCAGGAAAAAUCCAAGCCUUGUCACUUUACUUGGAUGCGCAACCCGAAGAGUAUUACGGACCAUACAGCUACGAUGCGACAGGUUUUAAGAUUAUGAUUCACGAUCAGAAGGACUUGUAUCCAAACAUUGAAGACCUUGCUUUGGACAUUACUCCAGGGUUUACCACAAACAUACGCGUGCGCAGAAGCAAGAUGGUGAGUCUCCCUGCGCCAUUUAAAUCCGCCUGCAGCGAGAAGAGCUUGGCAGCUUUCAAAGUGUACUCACAGUACGCAUGUCUAUUAGAGUGUUACACUAACAUAACCCUCGAAGUGUGUGGCUGUCGGCUGCUGUCUAUGCCUUCAUUUGAUGAGAACAAAACGAGAUAUUGCUCCGCGAAGGAAAUCUUUACCUGCGUGUUCCCAAAAUAUGGUAAAUUUAAUCCAAGCAGUUGUGCCUGCCCGGCACCAUGUACGGAGAUACGCUAUCAUGUUCAGGCCUCCAUGGCGUACGCUCCGUCAAAUCACUUAUGGGACACAAUAUUUCCAAUGUACAACAUGUCAAGUAAUGACACAGAGAAAGUUGUUGAGUUCCAGAACUACAUCAGGCAAAGAAUGGCCCAAGUGAACAUUUAUUACGAAAGUCUGGACACAGAAGUCACGGAGGAGAAACCUGCGUAUGAUUUCAAUGCUUUUGGAUCGGACGUAGGAGGUAACAUGGGAUUAUUUCUCGGCUGUAGUCUGUUGACUUUGUGUGAAUUCGUUGAUCUGAUUGUGAUCAUGUGUCUUCGUUGCUGGCGGAAGAGGAACACCGUAGAUCUCAAGGCGGAUCCAUAUCAAUAAAAAAUUACUUGAGUAUUCAAAACUGUAAAUGUGAAGCAGGUAGUUAAUAUUCGCGCUUAUGGAAUGAAAAAAAUGAUCAGAAUACGCAAACCCAAAUCAGUUCAGCCUACUAUGAUUAUGCUCUUUGAGUCUCUCUAUACCGUCUGCGCGCUAAAAAAGGUUGUCCAUGUGGGGCAAUGUUGCUGUGCAUCUGUUCAGAAAUAGAUUGCAGAUGACGUCAAAAUGUGCUAAGGACAAAAAAGGAGCACACAAAGCGCAGCCGAGUGUCUCACUUCUCUGAUCUAUGACUGAACAGACGCACAGCAACAUGGAAUCAAUUUGUUUUAUAUUAUAAAAAGGCAAAAUGUUGUUUAUGUCCCGUCCUCCAAUAGAUCAUAGUAAGAGCCAAUCAAAAGGUGUGCAAUAGAUCAUAGUAAGAGCCAAUCAAAACGUGUGCAAUAGAUCAUAGUAAGAGCCAAUCAAAASGUGUGCAUGAUUCAGUUUAUUAUAUGAAUAUUGUAACUAGAGAAAGCCCCCUAACAUUUAAAAAUUCAUUAAUUUCUGCCAGCGUGACUGAAAAUAGGGGUUGAAUUUAGAAAAACUAGACUAAAAAGCUUGUGCUUUGCAGAUCAGCUUAUAAAUAUCUAUAGUGGCUAAAAUCUCUGGAUUUAUUUGAGAAAUCAAUUUUGAUUCUAUGUGGUGUGCUGGGUUCAGAAGUCGUUAAACUCAUAGGGAAUGGGAAGCCUUCAUAAUACAAUCGUUUUCAACAUUUUGGAGUUUCUUUUAAAAUUAAUAAAAACUGGAAAAUAGAGAAUAAGCGACUAUAAACAGACUGAUACAUACUAAACGUUUCAGUUAGUAGGGUAUUUCAAAUCCGAUUUCAUGAUUGGACUGUUGUUUAAAUUUACCUUUUCUCUGCCAAUCACGCAUAAUGUUGAAGGUUUGUCCGAGGUAACUUUAAACUCGCCCCAAUAUCAAAGUAGAAGACCGAACACAUCGUUAAAAAUAAUUACGGUAAAAAAGAUGAUUGUUUUCGUGUUUUGGACCAAAAAAGUUAAAAGUACAUGUUUUCACCUGCAUAGCGUUUGAUGAAAUUCUAUGCCUUGAGUUUAAAGUUAGUCACUCCGAUUAAUUCAGCGCUGUAUCAAAUAAAAAUCCCGUUUAUCACUUUG